GUUACCAGAGUUACUGUCGAUACUGUGUUUGACACUAUUUUUUACUAAUUUGCAUACUAAAUACUAAAGUAAAUAACGAGUGUUAUUAAGCAAAAUGUCGGAGAUUAUUCAGCUGGUAUAUUCAAACGAAAAUAUAUUUAUUUGGAAUGCUGACGAUUGGCUUAAAUUGCGAAAAGAAUAUAGAAUAAUUGGAGAACUUCUUGGUUGUUUGCCGAAGACACCAAGACAGGAUAUUUUACUAGGUCUUCCUCUUUUAUUAAGUCCAGAAGAGGCAAAGUUGUUAAUAGAGAAAGGAUUCGCAAAACUAAUUCAGUAUCCUUGCAUAAAGAAAAAACCUAGUGAAACUUUAAAAAAGUUAUUUCAUGAAUUCAGAGAAAAAUUGUAUCUGGACCAAGAAGUAUGUUUAAGAAAACAAAGAGAAAAACAGAUUUCUGGUAUGAUGGACAAAAUCGUAGAAGGAAAACGACGAAAAAUCUUGGGAUUACAAACUACGAAAAAGAAAAUGAGAAAGCCGCUAGAUAAGGAGACUCUAGAGAAAAUGAAAAGUGUAAAAAUUGAUACGAAACUUUUGUUUGAAGAGGAAAUGUCCAAGUUACCUAAACUUGACAGAAAUGAUGCGCUUAUUCAAACACAUACAGCACAUCCAUGGGUAACAAAAGAGGAUGCUGAAGAGGUGGACUGGAAUUAUCCAGAAACCGAAGAGGAAAAUCUACGAUACCAAGUAUUUAAAGACCUGUGGGAAAAAAAUUACUAUAUCACCGACGGAGAAAAAUUUGGGGGUGACUUUUUGGUUUAUCCUGCUGAUCCAAUCAUGUUUCAUGCUCAAUUUAUAGUUCAUUGUCAAAAAAGAAACGAAGAUCUGUCGGUUAAUGACAUUAUAAGUGUCUGUCGAGUUGGAUGCAACGUAAGAAAAACGCAAGUCUUCGCUAGUUUUUCCCCUGACGGAGAAACGAUUAACUAUCAGUCCUUCCAGUGGGCGGAUUCAAAUGCAUUGUAAUUAAAAAAUUUAUUUAA